AUGGGUGGGCCAGGCACGGGAAAGGGUGAGGCAGGCACGGAGAGGGUGGGCCAGGUACGGAGAGGGUGGGCCAGGCACGAGGAAGGGUGGGCCAGGCACGGAGAAGGGUGGGCCAGGCAGGGGGAAGGGUACGGAGAGGGUGGGCCAGGCACGGAGAAGGGUGGGGCAGGCACGGAGAAGGGUGGGGCAGGCACGGAGAAGGGGGGGCCAGGCACUUGUAAAUGUGGGCCAGGCACGGGGAAGGGUAGGCCAGGCACGGGGAGGGUGGGCCAGGCACGGAGAGGGUGGGUCAGGCACGGGGAAGGGUGGGCCAGGCACGGAGAGGGUACGGAGAGGGUGGGGCAGGCACGGAGAGGGUGGGCCAGGCACGGAGAGGGUGGGCCAGGCACGGAGAGGGUGGGCCAGGCACGGAGAGGGUGGGCCAGGCACGGAGAGGAUGGGCCAGGCACGGAGAAGGGUGGGCCAGGCACGGGGAAGGGUGGGCCAGGCACGGAGAAGGUUGCGCCAGGCACGGAGAAGGUUGCGCCAGGCACGGGGAAGGGUGGGCCAGGCACGGGGAAGGGUGGGCCAGGCACGGAGGAGGGUGAACCAGGCACGGGGAAGGGUGGGACAGGCACGGAGAAGGGUGGGCCAGGCACGGGGAAGGGUGGGCUAGGCACGGAGAAGGGUGAACCAGCCACGGUGAAGGGUGGGCCAGGCACGGAGAAGAUUGCGCCAGGCACGGGGAAGGGUGGGCCAGGCACGGGGAAGGGUGGGCCAGGCACGGAGAGGGUGGGCCAGGCACGGAGAAGGGUGCGCCAGGCACGGAGAAGGGUGGGCCAGGCACAGAGAAGGGUGGGCCAGGCACGGAGAAGGGUGGGCCAGGCACGGACAGGUGGCACCGAGGCGCGGCGGGCCGUGGCAGCUGUUCCUGGUCUGUCCUCCGCAGCUCAAGGACAAGGCGCGGCCGUCAGCUGA